UUGUUCAUCUAUCACAACAUCCACCAUUGCAUUGCAUAUCGACACCCUUGCGAUGACGACAGUGAACGGCAACGGUGGCGAUGAUACCUCGGCAGUGCUUAGAAGAAGAGCGGCAACCGCUACAAACUCAUCGGAGGAUAGUGUUCUUCCCUCUCCUCUGAACCUGGUCGCCCUCACGCAGUAUUGCUCUGCCGUGGAAUCGUCGUAUCUAAAGCAUGGCAGCGAACACUCGCAGCGCAAGGUGCGAUUCAGCUUCAAGGUUUUCUCCCCUCAAAUCAACGUUACCACGAUCAUGGCUUGCAGCUGCCAGUAUUCUGCUACCUACCUCAGGAGGCUUGGGCCAAGCUCACAGGUGUUUAUUCUCUUUGCUAACCAAGGUGGAGGACUGGAGGUGAUGAAGACAAAUCCAUAUGCUCACAGUGCAGAAUGUCAUUCCGCAGCGUAGUUCGUGAUGUGAGGGACAGUUUUGGGAGCUUAUCUAGGCGGUAGUUUUGAUGUUAGACUUACUGGCCAUCAUAGAGGAAAAUCUCAUGGUUCGGUACAGGAUUUACAUGACCAGCCUCUAGUAAUUCAAAUUAGUUGCUGGGCAAGCUUACCCCCAUAACUACUAUUUGAUGUCAUUAGACGGCUAGAGGAGAGUAAGAAUACACGGCCUGCUCGAAAGCAUGUUGUUGCAUGUGCUGCAGUUUGCCAGUCUUGGAGGAAUAUGUGCAAA